AUGUCGGGGAAAAAUUUACAAUCGAUCUCCAUCGGUGUUCCGCCUGCUGUUUUCCCAAGGAUGAUGCAAGGUUCCAAUGUAGGUAAUCCAAUUUUCUUCCAGGUUCGGCGUGAUAUCAAAGUGUCAGCGCCAAUCCAGCUGCAAGCGCAAAGUACAUUCAUUGAUAAUGACGUCGAGAUAAGUCCUUGCAUUUUCGGCGUCAAACGUGACAGCGUUUUUGCACUGUCUCCUGCGACCAUAGGGCUGGGUCCCUACUCUGCGUCGCUUCUUCUGAUCAGCGGAGUGGAGUGCCAUCAGCAUGAAUGGUACCGCCUUGACGCGGCUAUGGGUGGCGAAUAUUCGCUUCAUUUCGUCGUGCUGCAUCUUCAUUUGCUUGACCAUGAUAGUCAAGAUCCUCUCCAGUUGGGAAUC